AUGGCCGAAGAAAAUGCGGAAGCUGACGUCGUUAGGGUUAUUAAAGCGGCAGGAGAGCCCUCGUGGCCGAUGCGUCUACCAUUACCAAAUGAUCUCCUCCCCAAUGCUAGCAACUAUAUUUACAUCACAGUCUCCGACGGGUCAGACCGUACUUACAAGAUUGCAUGCAGCCCCAAGGGGCGGAAAGCGAUCACUCUCGGGAGGGGAUGGCAAAGGUUUUACCAUGAAUACAAGCUACAACCUUCUAACAUUCUGCUGUUCAAGCACAAGGGCAGGGACGACUUCAGCGUUCGCAUCUUUCAGUCGUUGGGUGUAGAGAGGACGUAUGUUACGUCCGGUGGCGACUCUGACGACAUGACAACCCCCCAGGUGCAAAGGAACCGUCCAGGCGCUCCUCCAAUGCCCCAACAUCAAACGGGUUGCAUCAAUGUCCCCAGGAGCGCCGCUGCAGCCGAGGUGGAGCAGACAUUUCGUUCCGAGCACCCCUUCUUCACCAUGUAUAUCACAAAAAGGCUGUUGGGCCUCCACUUCCUAGUAAUGGCUUUUCCUCUCUACUAA